GCGCGUGUCCAUCUGUCCCUCGACACAACCAACUCCUCUCCACGACAGCGACAACCUCCUCGCCUCCUCCACCGCAGUCACCGCGCAAUGAACGCCAAGGUGCUCCUCCUCCUGGCUCUGGUGGCAGCCGCCGCCGCCGAGAGCUCACGGUCCCGAGAGGGCUCCUACGGCUCGGACGAGUCCGAUGAGGCCAAGUACGACUUCAGUUACCAGGUGAAGGACGACUACGGCAACGACUUCGGUCACAAGGAAAGCCGUGACGGCGACUACACCGAGGGAUUCUACUACAACCAGCUGCCCGACGGCCGCCUGCAGAAGGUCAAGUACGUAGUUGACGGCUACUCUGGCUUCGUGGCCGACGUCAGCUACGAGGGCGAGGCUCACUACGACUCUGGCUCCUACGAGUCCCGUGGUUCUGGCUCCCGCGAGUACUACAGACCCAGGUACGACUCCAACAGGUCCAAGGGCAAGUGUCAGGCUUCACGUGCCCUGCAGAACACCAGAAGCCAGAGGGAAACUCACUUCCCUGCUGGGUAUAUAUGCGUGGCCGAGCCAGACACUGGACACAACCACCUCACCCACCACAGCAAGAUGAUCACAAAGGUGCUCCUCCUCCUGGCUCUCGUGGCUGCCGCCGCCGCCGAAGGAAGGUCUCAUGAACGCUCCUAUGGGUCCUACGACUCCUACGAAUCUGAGGAGCCCAAGUACGACUUCAACUAUCAGGUGAAGGACUAUUACGGCAACGACUACGGCCACCGAGAAAGCCGUGACGGCGACUACACCGAGGGAUUCUACUACAACCACCUGCCCGACGGCCGCCUGCAGAAGGUCAAGUACGUAGUUGACGGCUACUCUGGCUUCGUGGCCGACGUCAGCUACGAGGGCGAGGCUCACUACGACUCUGGCUCCUACGAGUCCCGUGGCUCUGGCUCAAGCGAGUACUACAGACCUAGGUACUAUAGGGGCUACGACUCCAACGAAUCGUAGAGUGUUGGUGGAGUCCAAAGUUCCAUUUUAUCUUCAUCGUCACCGUCGCCACGGCGCCAAACUCACGUCUCCGCCUCGGGUCACCACGACGCUGGGACUCCUUUCGCCGCUUUCGCUUUCCAUUCAUCACUCGAUGUAGGUUUUAAGGAAUAAAUAUUGGAAAUGAGUCUAA